AUGGCAACAAAUCCGCGCUCGCCGACAGCGGAUAUCAAAGUCGAGAUAGACAAGCUCCCAGACUUGGCAAAUACCGUACGCGCUGAAAUCAGGGACAUGAUUCCAGAAACGGCAAUUUCAGGAUUAACUAUUGCACCUGCCGAUCUCUCCAGCUCGACGGAGGACGAGCAUGGUAAUAAAAAAUAUACUGGAAGGAUGUUAGAGGAGAAAGUAUCCCUUUUUGUGCUGAAAAUGGAGAUUGGGACAGCAUGGAGGUGGGAGCUGGUAAUAUGGCAAAAGCCUGGCAGGCUAGUUUACGACCGAGAUUAUGGGUAUUUGAUCCCUUUGUCAAAAAAGAUCAAUCUGAUGCCGGGGGGAGAAGUGGAAGAGGGGCAAUACGCCAAAGUCAGUGGUCAGCCAAGUUUCAGCCCAAAGGCCGCUGCUAUUUUUCUUGUUCCAUUAUGA